AUGGCUACUUCUAGCUGGAAAUCUCUUUUUCCAGAGGCUACACUUACACCGCUUACGGUUCCUAUGUCGGACCACGUUGCUCUCCUUUUGAAGUGUCAGGGAACGAUGAACGCUCUUGCUAUUCGGCGAUUUCAUUUCGAGAACAAAUGGUGCCUUGAGCCUGAUGUUCCUCAUGUGGUUCGGGAUUGUUGGACAAAUCUCUACGGCAUCAACAUUAUGGAAAGACUUAUGGCGGUGUCGGAUUCUAUCUCCAUUUGGGCGAGACAUUUUAAUUCUUCUAAGAUACUUACGAAAUCUAAACUUCAGAAUGUGAUCUCUCUCUUCAAGGACGGUUCGAUAGGGAUUCUAUUCGUAAGCUCAAGGCAGUCAGGGGAGAACUUGCGAGUUUGUUGCUUCGUGAAGAAGCUCACGGGAAGCAGCGCGCCAAACAACAUUGGCUUAAAGAGGGGGGACUCUAACAUGAAGUUUUUUCAUGUUAUGGCUUUGGCUCGGUGUAAGAAGAAUACUAUUGUUAAAUUGCAGAGGGAAAAUGGGAGUUGGACUUCCGGGGAGGAGGAUAUUAAAGAUGUUGCUCGAGACUAUUUUGAGAAUCUGUUUGCCCCCCCAGGACCAUAUUGA